AUGGCAGACCUUGGAAAACACCAUGCUUGGCUCAGCUCUGGGAGUUCUGGAGGCAGAGGUACAAUCAGAUCAGCUGUGAACAGCUUACAUAGCAAAUCUAAUAGAGCUGAAGUAGUAAUAAAUGAUUCUUCGUCUCCAGCUGUUGUUGACAGAAGUAAUGAAAGCAUUAAGCACAACAUUAAACCAGCCUCAUCCAAAUGGAGACACAACCAGACACUCUCUUUGAGGAUCAGGAAACAGAUCUUGAAGUUCCUGGAUGCAGAGAAGGACAUUUCGGUGCUGAAGGGGACACUGAAGCCGGGGGAUAUAAUCCACUACGUCUUUGACAGGGACAGCACCAUGAACGUCUCGCAGAACCUCUAUGAGCUGCUGCCCCGCACCUCGCCCCUCAAGGGCAAGCAGUUCCCCACCUGCGCCAUCGUGGGCAACUCGGGGGUCCUGCUCAGCAGCGGCUGCGGCCCUGAGAUUGACGCCCACAGCUUUGUGAUAAGGUGCAAUCUGGCCCCUGUGCAGGAAUACUCACAGGACGUGGGCAUGAAGACGGACCUGGUGACUAUGAACCCCUCGGUCAUCCAACGGGCCUUCGAGGACCUGGUGAACGAGACUUGGAGGGAGAAGCUGCUGCAACGCCUCCACAGCCUCAACGGCAGCAUCCUCUGGAUCCCGGCGUUCAUGGCCAAGGGGGGCAAGGAGCGAGUGGAGUGGGUGAACGAGCUCAUCUUGAAGCAUCACAUCAACGUCAGGACUGCCUACCCCUCACUGCGCCUGCUGCACGCUGUCCGAGGGUACUGGCUAACGAACAAGGUGCACAUCAAGCGACCCACCACCGGCCUCCUCAUGUACACCUUAGCCACUCGCUUCUGCAACCAGAUCUAUCUCUACGGCUUCUGGCCCUUUCCCUUAGACCAGAACCAGAACCCAGUCAAGUACCACUACUACGACAGCCUGAAGUACGGCUACACCUCGCAGGCCAGCCCGCACACCAUGCCCUUGGAGUUCAAAGCCUUAAAGACGCUGCACCAGCAAGGAGCCUUGAAGCUGACUGUGGGGGAAUGCGAUGGGGCCACGUAGGGUGGUCCCCGGCCACGUUCCUGCACAGCCACGGGAGGAGGGGGAGGGGGCAGAAAGGACGAGUGGUGCCUGGUGGGGUUGGUUGUCUUUUGUUAAUGCGCAGAACAGCGGCACAAAUACAUAUACGUGGUACCUAUAUAUAUUGACCUGAGUAUUAUAACUGUUUGGUGUUCGCCAAGGAAGGGGCAGGAGAGAUGCGGGAGCAUCUGGCGUUGAGUGGCCUGGGCGAGACCCCUUGCCAUGGGCUUGCUGGGCUCGGAAGGGCGUUCAACCUACGUCCAAAAGGUGUGAAGGUAGCCUUGGUUUUUGAGGGUAUGUUAGGUGAUGGGUAAGCCGUUUGUCGUGACUG